UUCCAAAAGAAUUGACGAAGCACGAGAAAGAAACGCCAAAACCCAUAAAAUAAAUAAUAACAAAAUCUUCCCGCAAUUAAAGAGCACCAAAUUCACACCCCACUUUCUCUCUCCUCCUCUUCUCUAAAAACAGAGAGAAUCCCACGAAAUUAAUGCUUCAUUACAUCAAUUAGAAAACACGAGGAAAUAAACAAGAAUUUGUACCUCAAUAAACAUUGACAUUGUGAGACCCCCAAAAACCAAUAAAAAAAGAAACACAGAAAAUAAAAAAAAGCCCUUUCUCAUCAGGUGAUUUCUGAUGAGAAGGGUGCUAAAUCUUGUUUUUCCUGCUAAAAGUUCAAAAAUUUCAUUAAGUGGGUGUUUUUUUCUCGUGAUUUUAUCACUACCCAUAUAAUUAUCUCCCCUUUUUCUUCCCGCAUUAUUCUGGGAAAUUUUUAUCAGUUUGCAAUUCAAACUAAGGUACACAAUCUUUGAGUCCCAGUGAUUUCUACUUUAAUUAUAAAAAAUCACGGAAGAAUCGUCAUUGAGCUGUGAAUAGAGGGCUUGUUUUUCUGUGCUUGGAUUAAUAUUCUAUUGUAGAUAGAUUUACAAAGAUGGGAAGCCUUGGUAGAAAACACAAAACUGAGAAAGAUUCAUUUUGUUCACAUUUAAACCUUAUUGGAUGCAGUAUGGUAAGCAGGAAACCGAGUGAUUCUUUGCGGCUUAUUCUGACAACUGCCAUUGGUAUUAUUCUUGGUUUCAUAGUUGGUGUUUAUAUUUCGCUCCUUUCGGUUUCUAAGCUGAAUCCAGUUAACUACAUUCCUGUGGCAUUUCUGCCUGCUACUGAUCAACAAUUAGGUGAUGGUGUCAGACAAAAUCAAGUGUUGAAUGACACAACAAAGAUGCCACUUUUUGUCCAAUCAAAUCCUAAAGGUGCAGAGAGACUUCCACCAGGGAUUGUCGCAGCUCAGUCGGAUCUCUAUCUCCGUAGACUAUGGGGUCUUCCUAGUGAGGAUCUGACAAAAACACCCAAGUAUCUUGUGACCUUCACAGUCGGUUUAGAUAUGAAGGAAAAUAUUGAUGCAGCAGUUAAAAAGUUCUCAGACAACUUCACUAUUCUGCUCUUUCAUUAUGAUGGGAAGACGAGUGAGUGGGAUCAGUUUGAGUGGUCAAAGCGGGCAAUCCAUGUUAGUGCUCGAAAACAGACGAAAUGGUGGUAUGCAAAACGAUUUUUGCAUCCUGACAUUGUGGCAGCGUAUGAUUACAUCUUUAUAUGGGAUGAAGACUUGGGAGUGGAGCAUUUUGAUUCUGAAAAAUACAUCGAGCUGGUAAAGAAACAUGGUUUGGAGAUAUCGCAGCCUGGUGUAGAUCCUAAAACUACAAUUACAUGGCAAAUGACUAGGAAAAGAGACAACAGCGAAGUUCACAAAGAGACAGAGGAGAAACCAGGCUGGUGCAAAGACCCACAUCUACCUCCAUGUGCCGCAUUUGUAGAGAUUAUGGCUCCAGUGUUCUCUCGAGAUGCAUGGCGUUGUGUAUGGCACAUGAUUCAGAACGACUUGGUCCAUGGUUGGGGUAUUGACUUUGCUCUCCGAAAGUGUGUGGAGCCUGCUUAUGAGAAAAUAGGAGUCGUAGAUGCUCAAUGGAUUCAUCAUAAACGUGUUCCUUCACUUGGUAGCCAGGGUGAACCAGCAGAUGGGCUUUCUCCUUGGAAAGGGGUGCGGAAAAGAUGUGAAAAUGAAUGGAAGAUGUUUGAGAGUCGGCUUAAAGAUGCUGAGAAGGCACAACAGAAACAAAUGGGAGGCUCUUCUUAGGUCAGGCUGCACUGUCAAGUUCAAUUCUUUGUGUCGAAGUUAGAAAUGGAAAAUUUUUGAGGCCAGACGAUAGAAUACAUAAGUUAUAGUACCAACUUGUAGAUUGGCUAUAACAAGCAACAUUUAUAGCUUUACCAUUGGAGCUUUUUGUCCCUAGAGCUCUGCUAUUUUGAGGGUUUAAUAAUGUUCUCUGCCAGAUGUAUACAUAAUAAACAGCAAUUAUCUUCAAGGGGGAGCGAUGUAAUUAUACUUGCACAGUUACUAACUUACAUGAUAUAUGGCUCAAAGGCUUGCUGUAAA